AUUUUACCAAAUAUUAAUUAAAAAAAUAAUUUUUUAAAUAUAUCUUCUUAAAAAAAAUUUAAAAAGAUCUACAAAAUAUUUUUCUCUUUUUGCAUUUGGUUCUUAAUUGCUGACUUUUAGAGAGGCAUGUCUUAUCAUGCAAGGACUAAGGUGAAAUAAGGAAGAAAAAGGGGAUCAAAGUAACUGGCGGGCGAAAUUUUCAGAAAGCCACCAGACCUCCUUCCUCUUCCAUCCGUUCCUCGCGCUCCAUGCUCUCCGUUCUCCAAGCUGCAGGUCCCCACGCCUCAGUAGUCUGGAUGUUGAGACGAGAAAUCCAGAGUUUCUGCAGUCCGUCUCUGCCUCUUGGCCACCUUCAAAAAAGCAGCAAUGGUCGAGAGAAAGAGGAAGCAAUAUUAGCUCCAUCCGACCGAAGUCUUCCUAUGAUUACCCGUCAAUUCUUUAGCAUCACCAAGCAACGCUGGUUCAAAAAUUUUCAUACAUCGCAACUUGUUCACCAGCUGUUCGACAGAAUGCCUGAACCAAAAUCACACACCCCCAUCUCCCCGAUUAACCAGCCUUUGUUCAGUUGUUUACAUGCUAACCUCCCUGUUAAUGCCUUGCAACGGUUUAGGGCACUUCUUAUCUCGGGAAAUGUUAGUGCCAUUGAUGAAGUUACCCUCGCCCUGGCUCUCAAGGCUUGCUGUGGAGACUCGAAUUUUGGGUCCCAAGUUCACGAUUUUGCUAUCACGUCUGGGCUCAUUUCGUUUGUUACUGUUUCAAAUUCGCUGAUGAAUAUGUACUCAAAAUCUGGGCAGUUUGAUAAGGCUCUGUGCAUGUUUGAGAGCUUGAGUGAUCCUGAUAUAGUUUCAUGGAAUACUGUACUCUCUGGAUUUCUGGACAGUGAAGAUGCAUUGAAUUUUGUUGCUAGGAUGAAUUUCAGUGGCCUUGUUUUUGAUGUGGUGACAUACAGCACCGCACUUUCUUUCUGUUUAGAUGAUGAAGGCUUUCUUCUUGGGCUGCAGUUGCAUAGCCUUAUAAUGAAGUUUGGACUGGAUUGUGAGAUUUUUGUAGGGAAUGCACUUAUAACAAUGUAUUCAAGGUGGAAGAGUUUAAUGGAAGCUAGGAAAGUAUUUGAUGAAAUGCCAAAUAGGGAUUUGGUUUCGUGGAAUGCAAUGCUGUCAGGGUACACUCAGGAAGGGAGUUAUGGGUUGGAAGCAAUUGAGGCAUUCAUUGAAAUGGUGAGAAUGAGGAUGAAACUUGAUCAUGUAUCCUUUACUAGUGCAGUUUCUGCUUGUGGCCAUGAGAGGAACUUAGAGCUUGGGAGACAGAUACACAGUGUAUGUAUCAAAGGAGGAUAUGGGACACACAUUUCUGUUUGUAAUGUUUUGAUCUCAUUAUAUUCGAAGUGUGAGCUUGUUGAAGAUGCAAAAUUGGUGUUUUGGAGAAUGAAUGAUCGCAAUGUUAUCUCUUGGACUACUAUGAUUUCUACUGAUGAACAGAAUGUUGUGCCUCUCUUUAAUGCAAUGAGAUCAGAAGGUGUUUAUCCAAAUGAUGUUACCUUUAUUGGAUUGCUCCAUGCCAUAACCAAUAGAAAAUUAGUGAAAGAAGGGCAAAUGAUACAUGGCUUAUGUGUGAGGACUAACUUCUUGUCAGAAUCAAAUGUUUGCAAUAGUCUAAUCACCAUGUAUGCUAAGUUUGAGUCCAUAGAGGACUCUGUUAAGAUAUUUGAGGAGCUUGGCAGCAGGGAGAUCAUUUCAUGGAAUGCUUUAAUUUCUGGGUAUGCUCAAAAUGGAUUGUGUCUGGAAUCUUUGAGGACAUUCUUGUCAGCAGUUGUGGAAUGUAAACCAAAUCAAUACACAUUUGGUAGUGUUUUGAGUGCAAUUGGUUCUGCUGAAGCCAUAUCCCUAAAACAUGGUCAACGGUGCCAUUCUCACAUAAUAAAGUUUGCAUUGAAUACUGAUCCAAUUGUGUCCAAUGCCCUUCUUGAUAUGUAUGCAAAGCGAGGGAGCAUUUGUGAGUCCCAAAGGGUUUUUCAUGAGACACCUGAAAGGAGCACAUUUGCUUGGACAGCAAUAAUAUCUGCAUAUGCAAGGCAUGGAGACUAUGACUCUGUGAUGAAUUGGUUUGAAGAGAUGAAGAGGGAAGGGAUCACACCUGAUGCCAUCACCUUUCUCUCUGUAUUAACAGCAUGUGGCAGGAAGGGAAUGGUUGAUAUGGGACGAAAACUUUUUGACUCAUUGAAAAAGGAUUAUCAGAUUGAACCAUUUUCAGAGCAUUAUUCGUGUAUGGUAGAUAUGUUUGGGCGUGCUGGGAGAUUGAAAGAGGCAGAGGAGCUGAUGAGUAGCAUUCCUGGAGGGCCAGGGUUGUCUAUGUUGCAGAGUUUGCUUGGGGCUUGUAGGAUCCAUGGGAAUGUGGAGUUGGGUGAGAGAGUGGCUCAUGCUUUGAUGGAGUUGGAGCCCACGGAGUCAGGUUCUUAUGUCUUGAUGUCAAACUUGUAUGCAGAGAAGGGGAACUGGGAGAAGGUAGCGACAGUAAGGAAAGGGAUGAGAGAAAGGGGAGUGAAGAAGGAAGUGGGGUUUAGUUGGGUGGAUGUUGGUGACACCAAUAGUUCCUUGUCUUUGCAUGCGUUCUCGUCAGGCGACACUUCUCACCCACAGUCUGAGGAUAUUUGUUUGAUGGCAGAAUGCUUGGCAUUGGAAAUGAAAUUUUUGAAAGAUAGAAACAGACACAGAGAAAGUACACUUGCAAUAUAACCUUGCCUCUGCAGGAAGCUUCAAGGUGCUCAAUGUAGGGCAUUGGGAGCUACUUCAACUGUCUAACACAAAAUGAAUUGUCUUUUUCUUAUGUUAUUGUACACUAAGAAAAAGGUGAUGCAAACAUUUUUUUCAUCAAUUAAAGAGCACUAGAAUGUGAUGGGGAGUGGGCAAACUCUAGCUGUCUUCUAGUAGUGGAAUGCAAUCAAAGUUUCAAAUGGAUUCUAACAUUCUGCAAUCUUCGUUGACAUUUUUUGUUUUAAAUCAUUGUUCAGUUUGGAAAAAGAAAAUGGAGUUUGUCUGAGUUGGGUAAAGGAUCUUAUUUCAUUAAAACGACGUAUGAGAUAUGUAGGAAGAACAGAACCUGGCUUCAAACAGGUAGGAUUUGAAGAAGCUGCUGCCUGAGGAUCUGAGGGGCAGGUUGAAAGGCAACCUUUACAGUGUAGGUUAGAAUGGAAAUGGAUUCAGAAGACUUGCUAAGAGACCAUUCCUUCAUGGAGGAGACAGUUAAUGCUUGAACGGAGAACAACCAAGCUAAUUAAGGAGGCAGAUAGGCAUUCUAGACAAGGAGAAGAUCAAACCUUUUCUGCACUGGAUGAAGAUGAUUUUCAGACUGUAGUAGCAGAGAGUAAACUUGGGCAUGAUUUGUUUUCUAAGAAAGUUUGAGCAGAACUCUAACAUAGUUGAACAAUUACAUCAUGGUGACCGUGCUUCAGUUUGGAUUCCACCUGCAAUGUUUUCAGAUCGCUUAAAUCCAGUGGCCUGUGCUUUCUGUUGCAGGCUUGUAGCAUUCAAGUUCAAAUUUUAAUGCAAACCCAGCUAUCUCCGACCUUAUGUUGAUUUUUAUCAGCCACAGCUACUACACACCAGAAAGGUUAAAGAAAAAGGUGAAAAUGAUUCUUCUUAGAAGUAGAUGUACUGUGAAACACAUUAAUUA